AUGAAGAAUUCUCAAGGUUGUGCCAGAUUGGUUUUAAACAGUAAGUCCACGAAUCCUUUUAAAUAUAUUUGUAUUGUUAUUGCCUUCUUGACUUUAUACUUUAUGUGACUUUUAUAAAAUCAGUGUAAGAUUUAUUGACAAGCAUUUUUUUUUCUCAUCAUUUAUUUAGGUGGAACGUCUAGCAAACUUUGAAUGAAUUGUGAAUACAUCUGGUUUAUGAAAAGGUGGAAAAAAUUUUCUAAAAUCAUCAUUUGAAGACAAGACAAACAAGUCUGUUCAAAGGUAUAUGCCUCUUUAUUUUUCAAAUUUUAUAUUAGAUUCACUUAAUAGCUUGUUUGUUCGUUAAUAUUAGGCCAAACUUGAACUGUGUUUGCCAAUGUUUUCAUAUAAACAAAGCGUAUAUUUGAUUUCUGAAGUUUUGACUUUAUGGAGCCGUCCUAGUGUGAAUGUAAUCAGUGUCACUGUGCUUUCCUGUGGAUUUCAUUAUGAAUUAAAGAGUUAUAUAAAAUGAUCUUCGUCAAACAACUGAGUUAGCUUGGCAGGGAGUUCGACGAUAAGAAGUAUAUACAGUAUAUAUAAAUUUUCACUGAAUAAACUGUUAGAUAUUGUUACUUAAGCCAAUACUCAAUCGUCAAUGAUUCGGAAGAUCGUAUUCACAUUCAGUCCUCCGGUCCCAAAGUAUAGUUAUUGCCACAAUUCUAUUUUAGAACCAUCCUCAAAGAUAUGAAAAACUAAUUUCAUAUCACAUUUAUUUCAUUUCACUAUUCAACGAAAAAUUAAUUGUCUCGAGCCAGGAUUCAAACUUUUCGGAUUUCCAGACCGCCGUUUCUCUCAUUGUCCAUUGAGCUGUCGAGUCCACGGGGAUCACCAUAUCGAGAAGACAUUGAAUCUUAAAAAUGUCGAAGUUUAAUGCCAGACUUAGCCGAACAGUCUAGCCUCACUACUUGAAGAAGCUUGCAAAUUCUUUGAGGUUUUGAGCGAAGGCCCUUCAUCACUAAGUUUGUGGCAAAAACUAACUGUAGCCAAGCUAACUAUAGCUAAGUUAACGGUCUUCCUUACAAAAGGCAUUAGGUUGAAACGUCUAAUGUUUUGGGGUUUUUUCUGGUAGUUUUAAACCACGGGCUGUGCCCCAUGGAACUCGUGCAAAAACAGUUAGGCGUAUUACAGUUUUUUACGAAUGAUUGUUUUCAAUUUCUCUAGAAACUGAAAAAAAGAUUGCUACGUUCAAAGCAGUGAAUAUGUUUACACCCCGUGGAUACACCGCUGUGCCGCAGGAUGUAGUCUCACAAGAUGAAGACGAAGUGUUCGAAAAUAACAACUUAUCAAGAAGCUUUGAUGAACAGCGCAAGAACUGCGGUGCGUCAAGAAACACUGACGCUAUGGCCACGCCACGAACCUCGCGAGAGAGCGAAGAAGCGGAGACGAAAGAACGGCGUGUGAAACGCAACGUUAGAUUCGAAUCGCGAAGUUUGGAUGAUAAACCCGAACCGAUGUCGAACGCACGUCGACUGUGUUUCGUCGUGUCGUUGAUGAUCUGUACUCUGACUAUCUUCGUAUUCGCCUUCACCGUACCCUGUAAAGGUCCUUCCUGCAAUGUUGCAAACAUGAUCACAACAGUCACUAGCAAUUUGGAGAAAUUUCACCAAAAUUGGUCGACGGUUUUCCCUGGGUAUUCCACCGGGAUUGUGUUCCAUUUGUCGUCAACGAAAACGAGGGAAGUCGUGGUCAGUUACGAUGGGAAAAGGGUCAGCGGGAAUGAUCUGACCAAAAAACAUCGAAAUGAGAAAUUUGAGGUAAAGAACAAAUGGAAUACAAAAUCUAGGUGGAAUACAAAAGAAUCUGGCUUAAUUUUAUUAAACGAAGACAAUGGCAAAUUACUGUGGUUAUAUAAUGCGUCGGAUGUUGUAAAACUUAUCGAAUGUCGAACUGAUGAUAAUGAUUUUGAGAUGUGUUUGAUUCAAAGUUCACAUGGACGGCUGCAGUUAAUUAACCCUAAGCGCAAUCAGAUUAUUUGGUCAACCCGUAUCUUAAUCGGAUCUAUAUUACCAAGUAUAAUUAUUGGCAUCAGUGAUUGUGAUGGAGAUGACGGGAGAGAUAUACUACUCAGCUAUGAUCGGUUUAACACUACAUGUAUACCGCCAACCAAUAAGACGUUUUGCACACAUCCUGGAAUUGUCCAACUCAUCUCCGGUCGUACGGGGUACCCAUUAGGAACCAGGCUGAAUAUCCCUCAAAAUCAUCUAAUAAAGCGCGUAUCUGUGCACUCUACGAGGCAAGCUGAAAACCUGAUAUUUGUCCUAACAGUCGGCAACAAAGGCCAUGUCAAAGUCAUCUCAAUUCAAGACUUGUACGGUAAGAUUUUAGAAUCUCGGGGUGAAUCGCCAUUCCUGUUUAUAAAUUCAACCGUAAGCGUUUUGGAUAUUGUUUCGACCGACCACGAGCCAGUUGUGAAAGAUUUGAACAAAGAUUUUGUUGAAGAUAUCAUCUUGGUCACAUUGGCGGGAAACAAGCAUUCCUUGACGGCUGUUGACGGAGGUAAGCUGAAGAGGAUGUGGAGAAUUGCGUUUGGAUCGAGGAAAAUGUUAAGGUAGGUGUUGAGUUUAUUGUAAUAUUGAGUUUGUUGAGUUUUCUCACUCAUUUGUGAGCGGAUUUAGUCCCAACAGACUUGCUUCUGUUGUUACCGUUUGUCGUUGCUUUUGCUGCAAAUAAAUGUUUUUUACUGCUGUUCCUGUUUUUGUCGUGUUUGGUAUUGUUGCUUGUUGUUUUUGCUAUACUACUUUUUGUUUCAAAUAUAACUGUUGUUGUUGUUGUUGUUGUUGUUGUUGUUGUUGUUGUUGUUGUUGUUGUUGUUGUUGUUGUUGUUGUUGUUGUUGUUGUUGUUGUUGUUGUUGUUGUUGUUGUUGUUGUUGUUGUUGUUGUUGUUGUUUACUUUCUUUGUUUUAUCAUCCAACUAGCCAACCUGUGGUCGGACACUACAAUGACGACGAGGUUCCGGAUAUCUUGGUUAUCCUUGACGAUCCAGUAUUAUCCUUACUUAACCAGUCACUGGUGCAAAUCCUAGACGGUCAAAAUGGGAACAUAAUAUGGAGUCGAAAACUACGCUUGGCCAAGAACACAACUCCGUUAUCUGCAAAUGUCGGCUACAAAAAUGAUGUGUUUCUUCUCUGGAUUGAAAAGGAAAGUAAAACAAAAUAUGAGAAGAUUUUCCCAUCGAAAACAGUGAAAGAUGUUGAAGUACAGCGAAAACCAGCAGCCCAACAAGCGUUAAACAAGGCUACUUCAUUCGAUACGCGAAAUGCUGUGCAGAAUAACGUUAAUGGUCAUUCCAUCCAACAACAACCGAAGCAUCGUCGUUCACCACGCAGUGUGGAAUCCCGCGAGAAAAUGACGUUACCAGCAAGUGAUGUGGCCAGCGAGUUAGACUCCCUCGUUGAUGAGAUUUUUGUCAAAGACUUUGAAAAUACUCCUGCAACAAAUUUACAUGAAAAACCUCGAACAGAAUCGAGCGUGCAACUUCACCUGAAACCAAGAAGAAUUGAAAGCACACACAAAAUACUUGAAGAUAUCUUAAAGCGAGAUGGAGAACCGUCGUCAGUGAUUGACAAAGAAAGUAGUUCUCAUGGUGGAAGACAAAAGGCGACUAGUAGUACCAGGUCGCCCACACAACGGCCUGGGUUUGAAGAUAUCCAUGCUCUGCAUAGUAAGCCUAGCACAAGAGUGGGACAAAGUUUUAGACAAAUGAAGAUAAACAGCCUUAACAGUGCAAAUGGUGGUAGAAAGCCGAGUCCAACUACUCUAAAAUUGGCCACACAGCGUCCCGUGUUGUAUGAUAUUCGUGCUUUGCACAGUACGCCUAGCACAAGAGUGAGACAGAGUGUUAGACAAAUGAAGAUAAAUAGCCAUAAAAGUGGAAAUAACGAAAGAAAACCAAGUCCAACUACUCUAAAAUUGGCCACACAGCGUCCUGUGUUGUAUGAUAUUCGUGCUUUGCAUAGCGAACCAAGUAAAAGAGUGAAAAACAGGCAAACAAUCACACAAGUAUUGAUAAACAACGCUGACAAUGAACAUAAUGCCGGCAGAAACCAAAGUCCAACUGUAAACUUGGGAGUUCAUAUAUCUUUGGGAACUGAACGUCCUAUAAACAAUAACAAUCCUCAGGCUAGAACAAAGAAACCGAGAGAAGCACUCCUUUUGAACGACGAUAAAGUGACAAAUGAAAGACACACAAUACCUACAACCAAGAAACCUAGCACAAAAUUGUCACACAGAAAGAGAGUUGAACAGUUCAUUGUAAACAGUCCUGGCAGUGGAAUUGAUGAUGGAAGUGACAGCAAUUCUGCCACGACGAUGACUAGGAGUCGUGUAGACAAUGGAAGACAGAGCCCAACUAGCACUCUACCAACUGAACGAUCUUUGAAUAUGCAGAAUAAAAUCUAUGACAUAACACAGAAACAGAGUAGAACCAUGGCAGACAGAGAAGCCACAGUUGCCAAUACUGAGAAUGAUGGUAACGAUGGAAGACAAAGCUCAACUGGUUCUUCUCCUGAAUCACAUGGUAAUAUUCAAAGUGAACCCACAAGAGAAGUAGUAAACAGUAGAAAAGUGGAAGAUGUUAUAAUCCAAACUCCAUUUAGUGGAAACACCAGUCGAGGUUCCAAGAACGAUGCAAUGCAGAAUCCAACGAUUACGUUACCCACAACGCGUCCUGAAUCACAACAACGUGAUAUUGAAAUGAUCAAAAGUAAAUCCACCACAAGAAUGGUGAACAGUGGAAUAGCCGAAGAUGUUAGAAUUCAAAAUCCUGGCAAAGUAGAGAGUAGUGCUGGUCAAGGUAACACAGCAAAACACGUAUCUAAAGAGGUAACAACACCAACAACUCACGCGAGAGAUCAACAAGAUAAGAAAACCAUUUCUGACAGAAUUGACAAUGAUAAUAAUAAUAAGUCGAGAGAACAAAGCUUAAAAUCAGACAUCAACUCGGUACCUGGUCGAGUCCUUGCCCCUCAUCCUGGCUUUUCAGUACAUCAAACUUCGACCUCAAAGACUAACAGUCCAGUCCUUGACUCGUCGUUGGUACUUACCCCCAGUGACAAUCAUACUUCUGCUACUGCAGAAGGAAUGGCAGAUAUUGAAUCUGAAAACACACAGGACAAAAUAAGAGCUGGUAAAGAUAUCAUUGUAAUGCCUACCAAAGCUUCUAUUAAUAAACAACCAACUGGUCAAAAUUUUCAGAAACCAACACAACAGAAACGCCAAAUCAACUCUAACACCCAAACAGCAACACAGCAACAACGAGACGCUAACAUCAACUCCGAUAAGCGACUUCUUAACGUUAAUAAGCCUACCCAUACCAGUCCAAACAAUUCUGCACUUUCUAAUGAUGGCAACAAACCGCUAAACGUGGGUAGUGCACACAGGAUAAAAAAUACAAUUAUUAAGACUGCUUCUUCGCCAUCUCAGGAUGUUCAGAAACACGGUCAGAGUAUAUCAAACCCCAAACCUCCAACCAAACUACAACAAUUAAGUAAAACAAACCACGACAAAAAUGCUGUGAACAAGUUGAAAGACGAAUCAAAUGUCUUACCAACUCUCGGGAAAAGUAACCUCAACACGAAAGUUAGACUUCACGAUAGUGUUUUAGAUAAAAAAGGGAAUGUUGGUAAUGCUACUAAGAACUCCCAUAUUUUGCAUCCAAUUAAAUUGAACGGAACUCGGCAUUUGGACGGAAAUAUUAAGGUGAGUUGUCGAAUACUAAAGUCAAUGUGUCAUUAUCAGAAUUUUAUUCUACUUUACCAUACAGUAUGAGCCCGCUUUAUAGCAAACCCAACCUAGCAGGGCAUGAACAUAUAUAAUAAUGAUUUUUGUUAUGUGUAAAGUAGGUGUAUGCCCCGGUGAAAUGAGGAUUCGAGUUGAUCAGUGUUCCAACUCUCGUUUGACCGCCAGUUCUCAUCGACUCUCAUGAAUUCUCGUCCAAUUUAAACUGGUUUAAAUUUUGAUGAAAGUUGAUGAGAAGUUUUGCUCGUUUGACCGGUAAUAUUCAGUCAACUCUCAUGUAGCUCUCAUGUAGCUCUUUUCGUUUGACUGGGGCAUGAGAGUUGAGAAAACUCUCAUGCAAACUCUUGCUUCUUAACUCUCAUCAACUCUCUUGCAACUCUUGUUCUCGUUUGACCGGGGCAUCAGAGUUGAGAAACCUCUGAUGCAAACUCUCGCUUCUCAACGUACUCUCAUGCAACUCUUGUUCUCGUUUGACUGGGGCAUGAGAGUUGAGAAAGCUCUCAUGCAAACUCUCACUUCUCAACUCUCAUCAACUCUCAUGCAACUCUUGUUCUCUUUUGACCGGGGCGUGAGAGUUGAGAAAACUCUCAUGCAAACUCUCGCUUCUUAGCUCUCAUUAACUUGCAUCCUCGUUUUGGCAGGGUUUAAUUAGUAAUGUAUCUUCAUUUUUCACAGUCUGUUCAAGUUAAAAAACAGAAAUCAAAUCAAAAUGAAACACUCCAGAGACAACCAUCACAACUCCUGAAGACCACGCAAAUGAACCAAUCAAAAUUGGGAGACAUCCACCAUACCACCGCGAGGCCACACGUUCCCAGUUCAAAAAAGAAACAUCAUGUUGAAUGUCAUAAAGGAUAUGAUCUUGCUCUCAUAGCAAUCUUUCCUGAUAGUCCAAGGAACUCGUUUACAGUAAUAUCACAGGAGAACAGUGUUAGGAAAAAUAAAGGUAAAGCCUCUUUUCCAUUCAUCGCAAGAGUCAACUCUUUCAUCCAAUAACAAUACCAAACAGUUUAUUUUAAUUGCAUAAGCAGCGCGCGUGCGAGUUUGUAUGAACUUAACUUUUGGUUCCCUUUUGUAUGAACUUAACUUUUGUCCCUAUUGUUUUCGAAUCUCCUGCUUGUCUGCUAUACCAUAAACUUGGUACCAUAAACGUAUGUCACAGCAUAUAGACAAUCAAAGGAAAUUUCUUUAUUUGUCUAUGGUCACAGCGAAGUCAAGAAAUUGUUUUGUGUUUAUUUUCUUGACGUUUUUAUCAAGUCUAUCAACACGGACGUCAGAUUGGGGGGGACUGGAUUAAAAAUUGUGUUUGUGUCAGUUUGUGGUAAUAGUUACGGGAAGCACUGAGUAUUUUUAUAAAAUACAAAAGAACAGUAACUCCGAAUAACAUUUUGUAGCUUUAAUGAAUCAACGUUUCGAUUACAUUUUAGUCAUAAAAUAUAGUCGAAACGUAGAUUCAUUAAAGCUACAAAAUGUUAUUCGGAGUUACUGUUCUUUUGUAUUUUGUGGUAAUCUUCAACACAUAUGACAACACUUAUACGAACGCUAUGAUACAAAAUGUCGGCCAAAAUUAGUUCUACCAAUCUUCGGAUGACGUCCGUUGACAAAAGCGUCGCUUAUUUGGUGUUAGAGACCUUGCGAUUUUAGGACGGCAACGCGACGACGACGGCCCAAACAAACUCCCUCAAAUAAAUGGUAGUAAAGGUUGUAAAGAUAGUUCGUCGUAUAUUAUCAAUCGUAUGAAUUUAAUACAGUUUUGGAAGUUGAAGACAUGGGUUUUAUAGUUGGGAAGAGUUCUGCUAAACCCAGUUUGAAUUUGCACUUGUUGUGGCUUGAAAUGCAGCCGUUGUAUCAAGACGUGAAAAUCUGUGAUUUGGCGUUGUAAACAGAGCGAGGACAAUGUCUAAAUUAUUCAUAUAUUGUAAUUACUCAAUUCUUUUCAAUGAUACAUUGUAUUAGUAGCCGUUGCCGUCGCGUUGCCGUCGCGUUGCCGUCUCUACUGUCUUUCUUUACCCAAGUUCGUCCACUUUAUAUGAUGUAUCAGUCGACCAUUUGCCGUUCAUUUUUUUCAGGUUCUUCUGCACCAUCUUCGUGUGACACCCUCUGGCCUACACUCAAUUCCAGUCCUCUGGUACACGACGCGGACAGCGAUGGAUUCCUCGAGAUAACCUAUGCUGUAAAUUACGGUGAAGAAACGCAGAAUGAGAGAACAAUGAAAGUUAGAAAAUUCAGCAUAAAAGUAGAUUCAGAAGAUUGAGUUUGUCAAUGAAAAUGAU